GCGGUUUUGUUAGACGCCCCUGCGAAUCAUUACCUAGAUCCACAUGUCUGCCGAGCGAGGUAUAUUGGCGUAAAUGUCAGCUAUGGUGUCAGUGUCUCCAACCGGGUGUAUACAAACAACUCUUAUUUAUAUUCUCGUAUUACCCGGCGUCUGUUCUUUUAACCACUUCUGUGCACUUAAUAACCUGCGAGAAUGUCAACGACGCCAUGGCAGAAAUUGCUAGUCGUAAUCAUGGGCUUGCUUCCCUUAUUACCAGGAAUUGGGGCCAGAGUGGAUGUUUAUGGCGGUGGGGCUAGCUUUCCCUCAAGUCUCUAUGAACAGUGGAUUCAAUCAUUUUUGAAGGAGCAUGGGUCAGAUGUUCAGAUCUCCUACAUUUCCAGCAGUAGUUCAGUCGGUUUGGCACAGCUUCAAGCCGGAAGUUUAGCUUUUUCGGGCUCCGAUAUCCCUCCGGUCACCAACGAUACCAGUGUGACGUACUUUCCCGCGGUUGCCGGCGCCAUUGCUCUAGCUUAUCAGAUACCUCAGCUGAGCGAGCCUCUCAAUUUGAGUCGUCAAAACAUUGCCGAUAUUUUUAGUGGAAAGCUGACCACAUGGUCAGAUCCGGCGCUUCAAGUGUUGAAUCCGACGCUUGCAAAUGCGUUACCAUCGGCGACGACGCCUAAAAUCACCCUGGUGGUCCGUCAACCUGGAUCGGGAACGACGGCCAACUUUGUGAAGGCGCUGCAUUCGUUUGAUCCAAGCUUUCCCGGACCUAUUAGCUCCAGCGUCAAUUGGCAUAACAUCACCAAUGGUACCCAGGUGUUCGUGGCGAACACGAAUGAGGCUGUUGGAAUGCUCGUGGCCUCAAUACCAUACGCAAUUUCUUACAUGGACCUGAAUGAGAUAUACAAGGCAAAUAAGACUGGGGCCAACAGUAUAGGGGUGGCCAACAUCAUCAACCGUAACGGAACUAUCGUUACGGCUACUUGGCAAUCGAUGCAGGCUGCCAUGUCAAGUAACGUGAAUAGUAGCUCCACAAGCGACACUAUCGACACACCCUAUCCACAAGCAUACCCCAUCACAGUGUACACCAACUAUGUUCUACGCAAUAACGCGAUUGGAUCAGACAUUCUGACUGCAAGAUGGACAUUGCGAUACUUGUACUGGACUUUGACUCGCGGAAGUGACAUCGCCAUUCAGAACAAUUUCGCUCCACUCACACCAGAGAUGGUCAAACGUGGUACUGACAUACUCGAAUUUUUAACACAAAACGACCAGAUUAUGUUCGGACAGACAUACUGCGACUUUCCAAUCGGCUCCUCAGCGGGAUGCAAACACGGACACUGUUUCCUCGAUUUACCUUUCCAAGAUCCAGCCGCGCAAUGCAUUUGUGAUCCCGGAUUUAUCAAUUAUCAGAAGGGCGACUGCUCCGAGGCAGCGGAUGGCUAUCGUCUCGCAAAGAACGAUGCCUUUGGAAUAAUCUGCAUUAGUCUCAUGGCUGUCGGACUUUUAAUUGUCUGUGCAGUGUGGUGCCUGACGUUUCUUGCACGGCAUCGUCCUCAAAUCAGAGCUAUCGCCCCUAACUGCUGCUGGGUGCUUCUCAUGGGCUGUCUGCUUGGCAACAUUGGAAUCCUUCCUUACGCGGGUAUGCCAACUGAUGCAUCCUGUAAAAUCAGGCUGUUCUUCCCGCCUGUUGCCUUUGGAGCUGCCUUUGGAAUGAUGAUGAUGAAGCUCUGGCGCAUAUAUCUUAUAUUCGGGUAUCAACGGAAAACCCGAAUCUCCAUCGCGCGCAACUCUGUCCUUAUCGGCUCUACCCUUGGGAUUGUCGUUGCAGAGUUGAUUUUAACAGGCCUAUUGGUUGCAUUGGCGCCACCUUCUGUAGUCGUAUCCAUCGAAAACGCGACAACGGGAGCUAUUUACCAGGAAUGCGGCGUGGCUCCCGAGAAAAAGGGCUUAUACACCGGCCUUCUUGUCCUCCUCUACUGUUUCAACGCUCUCUUGCUUUUCCUCUGCUUGUUCCUCGCUUAUGCCACCCGCAAGGCGUACAAUCGUUUCGGAGAAAGCAAGACCAUCGGCUUUUCGAUUUAUAUUGUAACCAUAUUGAUGAUUUUUGCAGUGCCAGCAGCCUACAUUUUGCCAAUGCAGACGGACACUGAACGCGGAACCCAGAGACUGCUCACUUGUCUUAUAAUGUUCAUCAUUUCGACAGGUAUAAGCCUAAUUCUGUUCCUCCCGCGCCUGAGAGAAGUAUGGAAGGUGCGAGCGAAUUCAGACAGUCAAGGUUCUCGCACGUCGGGGGCUCAGGUCGGCGGUCACCGCUUCCGCAGCGUCAGACGGAAGUCGAAUCCGGAACACGUAUCAUCGUUCCAUGUUCACGCCGUACAUCCGACUGUGUGUGAAGUCGGGCUUCGGCAAGACCGCUUUGGUGCCCAAUGGCAAUCAGCCACACUAUGCGCGCUCUGCGAACUGGACCUGCUCCUCUUCCUUGAGAGCGUUAGGAGCAGCAAAGUUCUGGUCUCCUUCAAACUCUCGGAGAUAAUUGUAGAUGUUCUUACAACGGAGUCCGCGGCCGCUAGCGGCUCAUUUUCCACGUCGAGUAACUCUGCUACCAGAUUAAGUUUGAAAAUGAAGGCGGACCAAACAGCGUCGCAUAUUGUAGAGUUUCCUUCCAAAGAGAAAAUGAGGCCAUUUUUAGCAUUGGUGGCCCAAACCCUCAAGCCGAGGUACUCUAAAGCAACCGCCUCCAUGGUGGAGAGUUCUGCGACGUAGAGUCGGUGUCGGUUUCCAAGUAUGAUCAACGUGGAGUCAUGGAGGCAUGGUAUAUGAAAAUUAUGAAAUCCAACAUAUAUAUGAAUAAAUCAUUGUGCUCUAUUUCCU